GCGAGUUCAGUCUGCGACUGGCAACCGCGCGUAUAACAUCGUUUCUUCCUUUUCCCUCUCUCUCGUUCUUUUACGCCUCUUUGCUCCUCGCAUGUUGAUAUCGCGCGAGUUUCCAAGAACGCCGAGGGAGAAGAAGCGAGAAUCCCAAUCGAUGACGCGCGUCCGGUGUCGCUUAACUUAACCGAUUAGGACGGUUUCGAGAAGAGGAAGAGAAGACAAGGUGGAUAUAAUCGUAAGUUGAGAGCCGACGUGUCGACGAUGAAUUCCUGCGAUCAGAUGUUUCGCUGUUGCAUCUUUCUGGAGCGAUCUUGAGGCGGUGAAUGUGCAAGGAAUAACAACGCGCUCCGCUUCUACGCCGGCAGAAUUGCUGAUUCGCUAUCGUCGAGUGCUCUCAUGAAGUCUUCACUCAACGGAGAACAUGAAGGCCGAUUAUUUAUCGAUAAUCGCUAAAUUAUGUACGGUGCUGAUGCUGUUUGGACUGGUUGCAAAUGUCUACUCACUCGAUAUCCGAUCAUGCAACCAGUCCCUGGGGAUGGAGUCGGGUGAUAUACCGGAUUUAGCUAUCACUGCGUCCUCAUCGUACGUGGCGAACGUCGGACCACGAAAUGGCCGACUCCGGAAAGAAACUGCCGGUGGUGCUUGGUGCCCAAAAAGCCAAAUAGAAAAAGGCGUAUACGAAUGGCUUCAAGUCGAUCUACGUGGUGCUCACGUCGUUACUGGUGUGCAGACACAGGGCCGUUACGAUCACGGUCGCGGUCAGGAGUAUGUUGAGGGUUAUACCCUGGAAUAUCGACGUCCUGGCUUCGCUCAGUGGCGCCGAUAUAAGCGCUGGGACAACAAAGAGGUUUUAGCCGGCAACAGCGACACCUCCACCGUUGUAUCGCAUAAUCUAGUUCCACCUAUCUUUGCCAGUCAAAUCCGGAUCCUACCGCAUUCCGAGCAUAAACGUACAGUCUGCCUUCGCAUCGAGCUCAAAGGAUGCCGGGAUAUGAGUGGCAUCGUAAGCUACACCACACCAGAUACUUCCAUACCGGAUCUCAUUGAUAUUUCGUACGAUGGUAAGAAGCAGGACAAUUUGUUGACCGAUGGCUUAGGCUGUUUAGUCGAUGGCGAGGUCGGCGCGGAUAAUUAUAAGCAGGACCUGGGAAAUGGAAAAGGCACGGGUUGGGUUGCUUGGCUUCGUGACGCCUUCGAGAAAAACUACGUGGAACUUAUCUUCGAGUUUGAGACAACGUUGAUUUUCGAAGCGGUACACAUCUAUACUAAUAAUUAUUUCUCAAUGGAUGUGCAGGUAUUUUCGAAGGCAGCUAUAUGGUUCAGUACCGAUGGUGAGACCUACGAAGACGAGCCCUUGUUGUAUUCUUAUAUACCGGACUUAGUGCUCGAAAAUGCCCGAAAUGUUUCAAUCGGUCUUCACGAACGACAGGGAAGUCUUCUCAAACUGCAUCUGUACUUUGCUGCACGGUGGAUCAUAAUCAGCGAAGUGACGUUCGACGCAACAAAUCCCUAUGAAAACACUACGGAAGAAGCGGCGUCCGAGUUCAGCAACCGGGAAAUUCCAGUCAACCCCGAAGUGGAUCUUAACUUACAAACGAUUACAGCACCAGGAGAUGGUCAAGAAUAUUUGGAGGUACUGAUAGGUGUUCUCACUGCCAUUAUAUUGUUGCUGUUAUUGGUCUUCUUCAUUAUCCUAUUUCUAAAUCGACGACAAAAACUGCAGAGUUCCCCGACAGUAUUGAAGAAUCCAUUUGGCUUCGCCAUAAAUAUGAAGGGUCUACUUUUAAACUUAACGCCUGGUGGGAUGCUGACCGCGGAAACCGCCAAUCAUGUCUCACCUGACGUGCCAGAAGACGUGAGCAUGCACGAGUCACUUACGAUGGAACAAUUUAAUUCGCCGCUCGUCAGUCCGCAAUAUAAAUCUACAUAUGCGAUCGUAGCGAAUUCCGAAUCUUCGAAAGAUUUCGGAAACAUAGAAAUACCGGAGGAGAAUGUGCGACUGGACGCAAGACCAGAAUCUGCGGUCGGUCCAUCUAGCUGUUCCUCGUCACCGACUAACUCGCCGGCUCGUCAUUCCCAACAUUACAGGACCCUACAAAGUUAUAGCAGUCCAACUAGGAAACUCAAUAUCGCGGUUACGCCCAAUCACCAAAGGGACGUCGAUCACGUUCACUCAAAACGUUGGCACACAGCGCCAAAGGAGAAGCACAAGAUACCAGCACCAGUCGUCAGUUGGAAUAUUGCGCCCAGUAUGAACAAACCGUAUAAGUGCAAGGAAAUUGAGCCAACCAAUAUACCACGUCAGUGCCUACGAACGACAGAGAAACUUGGCUCGAGAAACAUAGGAGAGGCUGUAAUAUGCGAGGCUGUCGGCCUAGAUGAAGUUGUAUCUGACGCCCCCAGAUUAGUCGUUGCUCGCGUACCCCUGUGCGCCAACGAUAUUCGAAUAAACACGGCCGAUCAAAUGAGAGAAGUGCGAUUUCUGUCGUGUUUAGCCGAUCCUAAUGUGGCACGUAUAUUAGGAGUGUGCUCUGUCGAACCAGUGCCGUGGACGAUUAUCGAAUAUACGGAACUCGGUGAUCUGGCUCAUUAUCUUCAGUACAGUGUACCACUCACGGGAACGCUCAGGCCAAACUGCAAUUUAAAAACCCUUAGUCAAAGCUGUCUGCUGUACAUGGGAACACAGAUAGCAUCAGGCAUGAGAUUUCUUGAAUCGAAGAAUCUGGUGCACAAAGAUUUGGCGGCUAGGAAUUGUUUGGUAGGUCGCUCUUAUACUGUCAAAGUGACCGACAUUGCCAUGUGCAGCGAUCUUUAUAAGAAAGAUUACAGCGAUAUAGGUGGCAGACCCCCCGCACCAAUUAGAUGGUUACCUUGGGAAAGCAUUCUACUAGAUAGGUAUACAUGUUCGAGUAGUGUAUGGUCUUUUGCGGUGACACUUUGGGAGGUGAUGAGUCUUGCUAGGGAGAAGCCCUUUCAGCAUCUGUCAAAUGAUCAAGUUAUUCAAAACGCUGAACAUAUGUAUUACGGAGGAGAGCUACAGGUACUUCUACCAAAACCAACAAUGUGCCCGGAAGAAGUUUAUCGGAUGAUGUGUUCAUGUUGGAGAAGAGACGAAACAUCGCGACCAAACUUCAAGGACAUCUACACGUUCCUGAAGAACAUAAUAGCGGACUAUCGACCCGGUGCAUAAAUAAUCUCGGUUAACUGUGAUACGGAAUGAACAAAUAAUCUCUGUGAAUAUGAACGACAGCACACAUCGUCGGGAAUAUUUCAAGCAGGACGGAUUAUACGAGAUCAUUAUACUCGCCGGGCAUGACGCCUCGCGAAUCAGAUUCUCCAGAAAUGUACAAUCGUUAGUUUUAGACGUACGUAUAUCGAAGAUGUUGGACUUCGUGUCUCUUUUCUCUCGCAGAAAAUUUGACAAACGCAGAAAAUUUCCGCUCCGAACGCAAAACUCAGCGGUGAUAAAGAUUACCACUUGAAGAUUUUAUCGCUCAUAAUCUGUUAUCCAGACGAAAGUAACGAUAACAGAUAUCGUAAUAUCGAAACGAAUGCCAAAGCAGAAAGCACACGAGGAGAAAUGUGUAAUUAUCGUGCAAGUAUUAGAUUUAUUUUCUUCAAAUAUUCAAAACGAACAUUUUUGUGAUGUUCUUCGACAGUCGCGUCACUUUUGUCUGGACAUCUAAUAAAUUUCAUUUUCUAGUCACUAUGAAUCUUUAAUUCUCACGAAAGUGCUAUCGUGUACAGUAUUCUAACAUUAAUAAUGUGUAAUGUACGCCACUAUGCUCAGUACUGAUAAAGUCUAUCCAUUUGUACAUAUAAAGUUUAAGUCUUAACGCUAGGUAAAUGGGAAAUUUUUACGGCAGUUAACAUAUGUCACGACAGCUUUCUUUUCUCUUUUAUUUGCCUCAUUUUAUUUAUUCUGUCAUUUAAUUCCUCCGAUAAAUUUCACAAUACGCAAGAAUGGCUCUAAUGUAAUUAUUUUUCGCUUUAAAGUUCGUGAAUACGAUGAGUUAAUGGCUCGAAUGUAAAAAAUAUCCGUAAAAAUAGGCACGAGCAAUAUUUGAAAAAAAUUUAGGUGUUUAGUAGAUUAAAUACAAACGUAAGAUACACUGUGGCAUGAUAUAAUUUUGUUAGCUUACCAUUCUAUGCCCUAAAAAUUUCAGCUUAGUCGACAAUUGUACAUUUAAUAGUAAGUACUUAUUAUUCUAUUAUUCCGUUUAAAUUUAAUGUACUAUGUUAAAUGGUGUAGAUUUGAAGUAUGUUCUUCCUAAGAACGCGUAAUAUGAAUACAUAUCUUUGCUCGUUUUUAUUUAAAAACAAAGAAAUGCUAAGGACAUUUAGUGACAAGUAUCAUGCAAAAAAUUAAUAAAAAUUUAAACAAAAAAAAUGCCAUAUAUUUGUUG